UGCGCAGGAAUACUUUGGGCAAGAUAUUCCCCGCGGCGAUGUAUCCAUAGGUAAGGUACCCUACCCGGGUACUCGGUGAAAAUGCCCGUGCACAAGGCAAGGAGGACGAAUGCCUGAUUUGUUUGUAGUGGUGGGCAGGAACAGCCAACGGGCAUGCGAUGUGCGGAUAGGAAGGUAUAAUGAAUAAUGAUUCAGUGCAGUCGGAACUAUCAUAGUGAGUAUCUCACCUAGGUAUUUACCUGCCGUGCCUCCGGGUGAGGCCAAUACUCGCUCAUUCACAUCAUUUGACGCGACCCUUGCCAUUUCAUACUAUCUUAACUCAUUCACCGCUGCCUGGACCUUUUCUCUUUAACGCUUCCGAUACAAGCAAAGCCCGAGGAAGCAACCCGUGACACCAUAGUCCUGGCCGAUUUCAAAAUGGCUUCACAACAGGAUCUUCAAGAAUUGCUGAGGGUCAUCACCUCUAGAAAGGGAGUAUCGAUGAUGGCUGCAAUGGGCCAGGUCAAAGCACUGCAGACAGUGGAGCUUCGGAGUAUUCAGCAAAUAAGCAACGCUUCGCUCGACCUGAUAGAGCGUGGCCUUGGCGACUCAAAGACGGCCAAGGCCCUGCAGACAGCAUGCAAGACUCACCUGAAGAGGGGAAGCACCAAAAGAUCCGGGCAUCAUCUUACUUCUCCAAGUGAGAAGCGUCCCAAGAUCCAUCACCCCAGCGACGACUCCGAGGGCCCAGCCCAACAUCUAGAGGAUACGGAGGCUGCCCUAAGUCUUUCCGUUGUUAUGGACGAGAAGGAGAUCGCCGGGGCGUCCAUUUACACCAAUCGGGCGCCAUUGAUGUUGGCCUUCGUGUUGGAACUUCUCAGACACACAAUGCCAACGCAGCCUAUGUCGAGUCGUCUCAGCCUAGCCCAAGCUGUUGUCAGCGCCAACUCAAAGUCAAAGGCCAUCAGCAUUGGACUGGCCAAGGCCGGCAACGAAGACGGCUCGUGGGGCGAAGGACAGCCAAAGGUCAACAUCAUGGGCAGAGCUAUAGCUGUUCUCAAGAGAGGCGACUUCGACUUGCCUGGCAGCGGUUUGGCGGCUCCAGAAUCUUCAAAAUACGCAACAGAUGAUGGUUUGCAAGGCGGGAAGCCGUCAGAGUCGUCAAAGCAACACCAUGGCAGUGCUGCUUUCACAGAAACCCCGUGGUCUGCCAGCCGCCAGGUCACUUCCAAAUCGUCCACCUUUGUUGCGCGAGUGGCAAAUGUCGAGGACAGCACUCAGGCGCCAGGUCUCGUUCGUUCACUCCUACUAUCUGAGCCACAACUACAAACAGCCACACAUAACGCCUGGGCCUAUCGAGUGAAGAGGCAAGGGCAAGGCGGCGGGCAAACCCAGGGAUCGGGAGAGGUACGCGAGGCAAGUGAGGAUGACGGCGAAACUGGUUGCGGCGAAUUCAUACAAAGACUCAUCAGAGAGGCUGGCAUUGUCGAUGUGAUCGUAGUGCUGACCAGGUGGUUCGGAGGGGAGAUGCUAGGUCCAGAUCGCUGGAGGCUGAUGCGCAACGUCGUCACAGAGGCGCUUUCCCAGCGGCUACGACUCACACAGAUCCACGGGGGAUGUGACGAUGUGGCCGUUUGGGCACUGGAUCUUCAGAACACGAACAAUGGAUCCGGUAGCCGUAGUGCCAGCGAAACAAGUCGUAACGUCGUCGGAGUUCCGAUACAUCGUCCGGAACCAGCUCGGGCGUACCUACUCAAAAGUUUUGCUACCGGCCAAUCUGAAGAUGUUCCCAUAGGCGAUAGUAUCGGCGGGAGUGCUUUCAAAGCCAAACAAAAGAAGAUGAGCAAGGUGGAGGAUGAAGCCGAGAGGGCACGCAACCUAGGCCGCCUCCUCGGAGCUCUUAGGCUGCUAUUCGAUAGCUGGAGCAACCUUGGACCUCGUGAGAUGGAUCGCAAAGCAUUCUCGUGGUAUGCAUCCAUAAGACCAGAGGUACAGCCAGGGGUUGCAGGAUGGGGCGCGAAAGGUUGGCUGAAGCUAGAUACGAUACUUCAGCUGCGUCGAGCUGACGCCGAAAGUACGAAGAAAUAAAUCAUCAAACCGGUAGCAUGCCGGGUCUUUCGGCAACCCAAAGCAAUCACACUCGUUGUCACCGUUUGCAGGCCAACAUUGGCAACAUUGGGUAAAACAUAUAGUCGUUGUGCGGUACCUAGCAAUGGCGCAUAUUUCCUACACUCAGCAUCAACCGCGUUUUCGCCGAGUCUCUACUGAUACUCAUUCCUUCACGGAACUCCCAUGGCAUCGGGGAGCAGAGUUGAAAGACAUAACCCAGCGGAUGGUAGAUGCGGGACACGGCCCACACAUUUAAAUACUAGCUAUUGCAGGGUAGUCAGGUGGUGCACCUCUACGGAUUCGGAUAUCUUAUCAAUAAUCCUAGACCUGACCAUAGCUUACUAGCGGGUCAUUAAACGCUCCGGCUGUGCACACCUACACACACACACACACACACACACACACACACA